AUGGAUCCUCAUAUUUGGACAUUUGACCGUGAAAUGCACACGUUGACCACGAUUUGCAACUACUCCCUUGUUCAAAUGGGUCGUGAUUACAAUCCGGACUUCGCUGUUUACACACAGUUCGAGUCUUGCUUCGCACCCGGUUCUUGCCUCUCAUCCAUUACCUUCAUGGACAAUGGCAACACAUCAAUAUCAAGUGAAGUUUACGGCUGGAUGGGUAAUAAUAUGAUUGAUGUGAACGGCGCGGAGUACUCUCUCCUGGACUACCCGACUCCCGUUACCUUAGACAGCACCCAGUUCCCUGUCCUGGCGUGGAGCAAAACCUCGAAAAUUCGUCUCUUCGGAUCCAGUAAAGUUGCAAAGCGUGUAGAAGUUUAG